AUGACUUCUGAUGAAAGCUUUUCACGGAUGCAAAAAUAUUUGAAUGUAGAAGACACACUAAGCCAAGAAUUCAAGACCUUCCUCUCUACUCUCCCCAAAAUAAAGGGGUCCUUUGGACCCUAUGGAUAUCUCUACGAGGGUUUUUGGUAUUUUCCGAUGAUUCUUCGUGGUAUUGUUGCCUUUCGACGCCACUUCCAUCCUCAAUCUUCGGACAUUUUCCUCAUAACUUAUCCGAAAUCGGGCACCACUUGGUUGAAAUCACUCGUCUUUACUAUAAUCAAUCGCCACCGAUUCCCAAUCGAGGCGAAUCAUCCUUUGAACACCACCAAUGCACACCAACUCAUACCAUUUUUGGAAACACAUAUCUACCACAAAGAAGAAAACCCUAAUUUAGAUCACUUACCCUUCCCUAGGGUUUUCUCCACUCACAUUCCUUGGACUACUUUACCAGAGUCAAUUAGAAAUAGUUCGACCUGUAAAAUUGUGUAUUUGUGUAGAAAUCCCAAGGACAUAAUCGUCUCCCUGUGGCACUUUCAGAACAAGUUGAUGCACGACGAAACUAAGGAAAUGGCGACGAAUUCGAUCUUGGAAACUUUUGAAAAUUUCUGCCAAGGAGUAAAUGAUUACGGACCAUUUUGGCGACAUAUGCUUGAUUACUGGAAGCAAAGUAAGGAGAAUCCUGAUAAGAUUUACUUCCUGAAAUACGAGGAUAUGAAAGAGCAACCUAGUAUGCAUUUGCGACGGCUGGCAAAGUUUCUAGAUUGUCCGUUCUCAUCUGAUGAAGAGGAAUCUGGCCUGUUAGAAGAUAUUAUGAAGCUUUGCAGCUUCGAGAAUUUGAGCAACCUUGAAAUCAACAAGAAUGGAGUUUUAUCGUAUUCAGGCAUGCAAAGUAGUGUAUUCUUUCGUCAGGGCAAAACUGGAGAUUGGAAGAAUCAUCUAUCUGAUGAGAUGGUUCAAAAGCUGAUCAAUGUAAUAUGUGAAGACAAGCUUAGUGGCUUGGGGUUCAACUAA